AACUGGUGGUCAGAUGAUGUAACAAUAUUGUCCUUAUUACCUUGUGAUAUUUGCAUAGGAUUUGAGUGAAAAACAUGUGGCCGAUUAAAUUUCAACUUCCGGUAAUAAGUCAAUUUUUUAAUAAAAGUGUGAAAUGCAACCAAAGUUUCAAUUUAAAUUAUGUUUCCCUGUACCACCCACUGACAUCCUGUUUGAGCAAUUGCCUAUUGAAAUUAUGACAAAUAUAAUACAAAUGGGCCUACGGUAUAAAUCUGUGUGUCAGCACAGACAAUCAACUUGACACAAACAUUCAUUGCAGUCCAUUGGUAGUGAGAAUGCCUGUACAUGUAGCUUGGCAUUUAGUAGUUUUGGAUUGAGGAUGUUCGUGUGAACUACGUAACUGCGUUGUGGUUUUUUAAUGUGUCCACGUACUGUUGCUUGUCACUGUGAUUAUAUUUUAAUGUUGUAUGUGCCUCAUUUGUGAGUUGUGACUUUUGUGAGACUUGAGGUUGGUGUGAGAGUCUUGUGUAUGCUGGUAUUUGAUGUUUAUCUAAUGGUCAAGUGUAUACUUUUUGUUCAGAGAACAAGUUUCCACCUGUGAUUUGAAUCCCACGCGGUGCACUUUGUGGCUUACUGUAGACCAUCAGUCCCCAUGUUGGCACAACACUUACCGUAUAUUGUGCAGAAUUAGUCGUUACAGGUUUUAUUCCCUUCAUUGUACAAUGUGUCAAGAUGGUUCUCAACAUUGACUUAAUCUCAUGAAAAGGUGUAACUUUUUCUAGGGCUGUGUCAGCAUGUAUGUUUUUAUUUGGAUUUGCAGGCUCUGGCUGAACAAACGCUUUUGUUCUUUCACUGGAAUACGUGUACUUGUACAGAGCCUUCAAGUGAUCUUCUAACCUGAAAUAUUCCACCUGGUUUACACACGCAAAAGAAUUGUUUCUUCUUCUGCUUCUUUUGUUUGUCAUGGGGUCUGUUUUUAAAAAUAAUCUGGAAGGGUUGUGCAUCCCUUCUUGUUAACAGUUAACUGUAUUUAAAAACAAGUUUGUGCCCUUUGUUGUGUGUGUACAAAUGUACCGGUAUACGUUCAAGUAGAACAACUUUUGAGACACCUACAAAGCCUGUGUUGAGACUAUUUGCCUUUGAUUUCAAGUGUUGUUGCCUGGCUGCAUGCGAGUCAAGAAUUUGCUCUGUACUUACCGUUGUGUGUUCUGUUGCUGGACAAGACUCUCGUGUAUAUCCGGGGCAAAACCUUGGAUUCUGACCUGAAGCCAGCUCGUCGGCACUCUGGACCAGAAGUGGUUAUUCUAGAUCCAGAGGGUGAACCUCUCAGUAAAACUCCAGACUCCAAUCGAAAGGUCCACUUUGGGGAGAUGCCCACACCAGCCAAAUCCAAGGACAAUUCACUAGCAUCAUCUUCAGCAACGGGGCCGGCAUUCCACAUUCUCUCCCCGAUCGAGGAGGUCCUGUCCUCCCCAGAGAUAGUCGACAAAUGUGCGGAUGCCAAUGGCGAAAGCUCAGAAGCGAGCAGUGCCUGUGCACUGAAAGACCGAGGGGGCAUUGAUAGACUGUCUCUUGGUGAGGAGGAGAAACGUGGGCGGGCAGAUUCCUCCAGUACUAUAUCACCACAUGACUGGGACUCGGGGAUCCACAUGCCCCUGUGUCUCUCUCAAGAUGGUGGCUGGGAGGUCUCACAGAACAUCUCAGGAACUGAUUCGGCCGAUGGGUCCCAAAUUAGAGACACAGCAGCCAGGCUGGGGAAUUCGUUACAGAAUGUGAAAUCCGAUUCUGUGGAUAGUUUUGCCAGCAUGAGCCUGGCGAGUCUGGACGCUAAUGACACCUUAGAUAGCUUAGAGACCCACUACAACUCGGUCCAAAGUGACUUGAAUGCCCUAGAAGUCACUGAUGAGUUUGUGUCAAGCAGCAGCACGCUGGUGGAAAAUCAAAGCACCAAUGAGGACAAUGAUGAUGGCAUGAACUGUGUUGGGAUUGAAAUAGAGCAGCUAACACUCUCCCGCAGCUCCAGUGAGGAGACCCUGAAGACUGAUGAUGAGGAUGACCUGGAUGGCAAAGUAGGGGACCUGACCAUGGAGGAGUUCUUGGAUCAGCUGUCCCACCUCUCCCUGUCAGCCACCAGUGAGAGUACUGACGAUCUCAUCAAAGAUGCAAAAGAGAUGCGGGAUGUGCCUGACGUGAGUACUCCUGGUACCAUGGAAACGAGUCUGGCGUCCUCUGAGGAUGGCAGACAAGAUGAGAUUGGCAGUCUCUACCAGAGGAUGAAGAUUGCUGAAGAGAGCCAACCAUUACUUGCAGAGGAAGAGGAGGAAGACUUGGAACUGCCAAAAAAUGAUUCUGGGAAUGCUCUGGAAUUGGCAGCACAGCAGAGGCAUGAGGAGUCUUCUAAGGGUGAGAAUAAGAAACCAGCAGAGGGCGAGGAGAAGCAUUUCAAGUGUACAAAAAGUCACCACCACCAUUCCAGCAAAUCGCAUGUACAUGAUUCGGCAGCAAAGGGCAAAAGUCCAUACAAGAGAUCCAAAUCAAAUGAUGAUUUCAUUCUGUCUGGGAGGGGAGGGGAUGGAAGGAGCAAGUCCAAUGGGAGUAAGAGCCAUCGCAGGGAUGGGGAACCUGCCUCAAGAUGUACCAAAGAAUCCCAUCACCAUGGCAAGCAUCAUGAGCGUUCACCAUCCAAUCGCUUUGUUCGAUACGAUUCCCUCCCACUAGUGGUGGAAGUCUUUGAAGCAGAAGGCAGCUACCACUGGCAUCACCACAGCCAUCGAGAUUUCCGGCAGUUCUCGCGCGAGUCGGACAGUAAUGAUAGUGAGCCUUCCAACCAGGUAGUGUCAAAGACCAGCAGGUCAGGUGCUAAACUGGUCAGGGCAGCCCAUCUCUCUCCGAAGUCAUCCUAUGAGGAGGAUCCCAGCCAGUCAAGGCAACUGUCGAUGGAGUCCAACACAACAGAAGACACAAUGCCCAAGAGCACAUCACAGUCUUCAGGCCCAACCACACCUGAGUCUAGGAGAGACAGCCAGCAGAUGGUUGGUCUGUCCUCAGAGGAAAGCAGCAGAGAAGAGCAACGCUCACCUGACAAGCCACUCCACUUUUCUCCAACAGAGCCGAGCAAUAGCUUACAGAGUAGACUUAGCCAGUGUCAUCCUAAACCAACGUCCUUGGACUAUCCCGGCAAGGAGAGGAACAUCCAGGAAGCCAUUGAAUCGUUACAGUCUUCUCCUCCAGGAGAAGGUCCAUGUGCCCUGACUGUUAAGAAAGAUGAACAAACAGACUCAGUUGCAUGUCCUCUAGGCAGAAGUGCUAGGGGCCAGACUGGCACACUUCCAGGCAGUGCGUCUUCCUCUGCACACCAGUCUCAUAAGAGGAUGCCCAAGCAGCUUGAAUCGCCGCAUCACUCACCCCUCACUUCCUCGCCGGAGCUUCCCUCUAAGGCGCCUCCACUGCAGGCCUCCCCUUGCACUCCACCUAUACAGCUGUCUCCAGGAGCUUCCCCUUUGACCACCCCAAAGGGGGUGGCCUCCCUGAGAAAAGACAUCCAAGAGCUUGCCAACCUGACAAAGAAGGUGUCUCUAACUCAGGAGGAGGUGUUGCACUCUGCUGAGGAGGUUCUGACAUCGGCUCAUAAGAUGUCCAGCAUUCAGAAUCAAGUCCAGGAAUUGGAAGAAGUGUUGGACAGCUUAGAGAGGACAGUCAUUGGCGAGUCGUCAUCACUGUACGGAAGCAGCAGCAGUGAGAAUGAAGACUCUGUGGUAGGCCCUCAGGAGCAAGUGGUAGAAGAUAUGCAGAUGUUGGAGGAACAGCUUGCCAGUUCACACAAAGAAAAUGCUCCAUCGGAAACUAAUUCUGCUACGGCUGUGCGCAUGAUCACCACAACAGCCCUGAAACUGUUAGGCACGACAGAAGAUGCCAUGGAAUCACACAGUGCUAAUCUUGCCCCUGCUACAUCUCAAAGAGAGACUGACCAGCUCCCUGACUGUGAGGGAUCAGAGAGAAAGGCCAGGGAGGGAGAAACUGCAAAAGAGAUUGGUGGACAAGAAACGGGUACUCUACUUUCUCAAAGUUACAGUCGGAGAAGUUCUGGAGAAGAGGAGAUGUGUGCAUGCUCAUCUUCUGAUGGAAGCCGUCCAAGCUCCCUGAGUCUUGAAGAUGCUGUGAAGAGGAAAGACAGUCACUCACAGAAUGCUGGCGGGCAAUCAGACAGGUGCCUUGAAUCCCAAACCAUGCCUCAUCAGCAAGAGAAGUCCAGGAACCCACCUAUCCACGGCAUUCCCUUCCUGCACAUUCAUCCAGGUGACGGGCAUGACUCGCCACCCAUAGCAACGCUAAUGUGUGAAAUGGACGAGGACGUACGGAAUGGAAAUGACAUCGGUGCCGCCGGUAACCUGUACCAGAACGGUGACAGCGACAUGCUCGAGGUGGCCUGCAAAGCCGCGUCGCCAUGCGGGCUGUCUGAAGAUAGCUGUGACCUGACGUUUGGCAUGGAUGGAGACUUUGUCAAAGACAGAGCGGCUGAGAGGAGGAGGCGGAAGGAGAGGAAAUUACGGAAGUCCAGCGGCUACAAGACAUCACCAAUGAGGGAGCAAGAGAUCGAUUUAUUGUUGUACCAUCAGAUGGCAGACUUGGAAGAAAAGGUUUACCUGUCUGCUGGUAAGGUCUUUACCUUGGAGGAGCGCUUGCAACAGCUUCAGGAUCGUGUCAGCCAAGUGGACAGAACGUCACCUGAGGAGAAUAUUGUCGACUUGGAGGAUAAGAUUGCCUUGACAAUGGCUCAAGUUGCUCAGAGUGAGAACCAGGUCAGGGCAGUUGAGGCCCAGAUUGAAGCAUUGCAGCGCUCCAGGGAAGCAGCAAUUGAUGGUCAAUUCAACACAGUGUCUGUAGCAAUGUGCGACCUCUCCAGUCCAGAGAUGGUAAGCCCAUAUGCCUUCCGCUAUGGGUCUUCUGUGCAAAUACAGAUUCCUCGCGAGCGGGUCGACACCCCGGUCGACUUUGUCAUGGAGGUGCCUCUGUCCGCCCAUGAGUACAAUAACAACAAAGAGUGGUCGUCGGAGGUCGUUAGCAAGGAGGUGGAGCUGGAGAUGGGGGUCACGAGAGAGGAGGGGGGCCAGGAGAUGACGGCAGUGAACGGCGGCCAGACAGCUCCCUUUGGCGUGGACCGCUGCGCCGUCUCAAUGGAACUGCGGCCCAUCCAGGCCGUCAUUGUCCGCUACCUGCAGGAAGGCGAUGACGCCAGCCUGUGGCCUGACUUCCGUUUCCAUCGUAAUAAACCGCGAUUGCAUGCCCGAGAGAAAAGACCCAAGCUGGAUGCAGAUGUCUCCCACAGUCACCAUGGCAGUGAGCCCGAAAAGGGGACCGAACGCCACAUAUCCACCCUCAAGCUUGCCUUGGGUUACCCUGACCAUAGAGCUACAAACCCAUGCCCUGACAAACCUGCAGUCUCCACUCUUGAUGAAAAACCAAAAGGGAGUGUGUCUGUUCGAGUCAAUGAAAUUGAACAGCUUCUGCAGCUGUAGUGCAUCUAUGUCAGUCAACGGAAGUACCCUUCAUGGAAGCGCUUUCUAGAAAUCCGCCUGUAGAAGUUGGACUAGUCAUUUGAACGACAACAAAUGGGCAUCGCACGCAGUCAGUGUAGUGUACAGUAAUGGAGCACAUACAGAAAUCAAUUUCAGAGAUAACUUGCAUUGCCAGGAUCAUCACGAAGGCAUUGGUGUCCGCUGUGUGUGACACCACUGUGCCGAACAACAGUAAUAGUUUAGGAAUGUACAGUUAGGCAUAGAAGCAGUUUCUAAGUUGGGCACAGAAGGCGGGAGUGUUAAUUAAAUCAGUUUGGAGCACAGAAUCUAGGUAUCCGUCAAGAGUUGUUUCCCUGGUUUACAAGUGAGGAAUUGAUUCAGUGUUUAUAUGCAACGGCCUCAAGCUCGGCAAGAAGUUAGUCAGGAAAUGGUGUGAAUUCCAUCACACCUGUUGACCGCAUGCAACUUUACACAGGAGAAAAGUUAAUGCAUUUUGAAAAAAAAAAUCUGAUUUUGUUGGUGUUCUGGAAAUGUUGGUGGUGUUUACAUUCAGGAUUUACUGUCUCAGGUUUGAGAGAUUCACAGUGAUGCAGAGCCAUUACAAGUGUAAUUACACAUGUACCGUCUACCGUAAAAGCUUUUUAAAGAGAUUGAUUUGAUAGCUUUGGACUGCUUAGAUUGCAUUGCCUGUUAGAGUUAGCAUUCUAGAGAACUGCUCUGUGGAAUUCAAUAGACCGAGUGUGAUGUUUACUUUGGAAACCUCUGCUCGUACAUGUAUUUUCAUGACAGUCACUGUAAAGAAUAGAACAAUGCAUUGAUUGGUGAAAACGUUGGUUCAUAAUUCACAUGCACUGUGAGCCUGUGAUCUGCAGUCCAGAUGUCAUUGCAAAACAUAGCUGGUCCUUGUUGCCAUCUGUAGAGUAUCACACUAAAGCAUGUUAGCAAUACAGCCAACCUUGUGGGAUGGUGUUCAGUUGAAUAGCAGAGCUUUGGUCCUGUCCUUAUUUUGCAAUCAAGUCCCCAUGCAGCGGAAGCCAGAGUAUCAGGUAGCCAUAGCCAUCAAGCCAAUUACCAAGGCUGCAUUGACAUGGAAUUUUGACAUGUACAUGUGGUAAUAUGAGUAGUCACACCCACAACCUGUCCAAGAUACAUGUAUCUACCAGUAUGGUACUGGACUCAAAUAUUUGCCAAAAGACGUGUCAGAGUCCAUGUUCCUUGGCAGGUGUUCAGCAUGACCUUCUUUCCAAGUACGUAGACUCACAUUCCUACCUGUUAUUGAAAGAAAUACUAGGCCGAUGUAUAUUGUCUUCAUCUAAGUUGCCAGGAUACCACCUUUUAUUUGAGCAUACUUGAAGAACUCUGAAAAGGAUGGGACCUCAGCAAGCUUAGUCAGUCGACCAUUGUUUGUUUGAUGAAAGUUUUGUCCAACUUUUCAUCCAAAGUUCUGAGUAGAACUUGUUUGUUGGUCAGAUCAUAUUUUUUGUAAUCAACUUGAAAGUCGCCUAUUUUAGAAACUAUAUAUUGUUACCUAUUACCAUGAUACAACUCCUAAACACAUUCCAGCAAUGCAAACUCUACUAUAUUGUUCAGAAAUAAAAAUUUCAAUGCCAUCACAUAUACCUGUACAGUAAAUGCAUAUGUAAAAUACUAAGUAACAAAAAACUGGUUCUAAGUCUUUCAUGCAUGAAUUUAGUGAACUACGUGAUUGCAUGAGACGUGUUAGUUGCAUCGGUGUAUCACUCUUUAUAUUGAUGUGUACCUUUGCAAUACUUUUAAAAAAAAAGAACAUAUUAGCAAUUUUCCUAUCCCAAAUACUAAUUUGAUAGAUUAAUAUUUCCUCAUAGAAGCACAUUCCCACCAGUCUUCAUUUUAUGUAUUUAUCUAAAACUAUAUUUUGUUUAGCUUUAUUUUGCACUUUUAGUUAUGCAGAUAUAUGCUACUCGUUUAUGCAAGUUUAUUUUUUGUUUCCAGUAGUAUGCAGGAAUGCAAAUUUCCUUAUUUGUGUUUACCCAAUUUCUGUGGUCAGUGUUUUUAGUGUUUCUGCAUAAUGAUAAAGUCAGUCGCAAAUUACCAGUACAAAUUAAGCAGGCAUUUUGUAAGUGGUGUCUGAGUCUGUUAUUUUUUGAAACAAGAAAUUGGACAUUUUUAAAUCUAACUUGUACUAUUUACUCAUGUAGCUUGAUAUCAUUACUUGUGUGUUUCCCAAAGUAAUUUGCUUAAUCUCCUUGAUGUUUGAUAUCAACUUAAAUGUGGAGUAAGAUUUUACAAGAAAUGUUUACUUCUCGAGUGAGAUCAACUGUUUGCCAGUAAAGUUCAGCAACAAAAGGGAAUUGGUAUGUGACUUUUUCGUCCAUGUAUUCAGUGAUAACUGAAUUGUGAUCCUUGAAAAAGAUAUCUUUUAUACUAAGUAUCAACACUCCCAUAAAUGGUGGAGUAGCUUUAGAUUUUCCGUUGGAGGGAUUUAUUUUAAUGUUGGUGUUUGUGACCUAUUACAUAAGAAUUAAAAAAAAAUAGCAAAAAUCUACUCCUUGCCAUUCUAUUAAUGAUCUUACUAUUCUGAAACCUUUCAGUGAUUACAUAUAACUGUUUUUAUUACAUACGUGUAACCAGUUACUGUAUUAAAGCUCUUACAGUUAUAUCAGUGCUAGAAGUUAUAUUUAGAUUCAUAUACAUUUCAGUAUAAAAUAGAUGUAAACAUACGUAGUAUUUAAGUAAAGUUAUGUACUAGAAGAUAUUAGCAUUGGACCAGGUUCUUGAAUAACAGUCCAUGCUACAAAGCUGGCAUGGGUAAAAAUGGGCUUUCUUGAUGCAGUACGUACCAAGUUAUGGAGAAGACGUAACAUUUUUUCUUUACCUCAUGAUGGAACCCAAAACUAUUUUAGGUGAUACAUCAGGUGUUUGCCUUGUUUUAUCUUGAAUUGGUAGGAUUUCUUUAGUUUUUAGAAUUUUUUUUCUUAAUGUUCAGGAUGUACCCACUUCAGAAAACGUUUGACAGCCAUAGAAUUAGAUUCUCUUAGUAUGAAGUUGUCCAGUGGCAUUGUGGUGGAAUGUUCGUCCAAGUCCCAAUCAUAUUGGAUCGACCUAAGCCUGAGUACUUUCAGUGUUGACCAAAUAUUUUGUACGAGUAUAUUGCGUACGAGUUCUUUUAUACAGAUUGACAAAAUCACCAGAUAAUGUCCCAUUCCUUCAGCAAACGUUUGAAUUAUGCCUGUACAUUUUAUGCCUACCGCAUACCUGUUUGUCCAGAUAUUUAACUUUCUGGCCUGUGUACAAAUGCCUGAGUGCUCAGGCCACACUGCCUCAUUUCUGAGUCUCCAUUUUUUUGCUGUACCCCCAAUUAAUGUACUGGUAGGUCAGACUUGGCAAAGGAAUCCAUGUCAUUUAUUAACCGUGGCAAAUGGGCUUUCAGUGGUUCGAUUUUUGUUUCUGUAUUUUGUUCUUUGAAUGCAAAAUCCUAGAUAGAAACCAAAGCUUACAUUUUGCCCUAUGUGAAGAAUGUGUUGUUUUGAGGAAGAUUUUAUUGAUAUGUUUGAAUCAUCUUGAAAUAAAUUUUAAUCAGUGUUUUGAGUUUGUUUACAUUGAUUUAUGUAACUGACUGGUAACAUAACUUUUUUUAUUCUCUUCUUAGGAGUAAAAAUAGACCUUUCUUUCUCUGUAAAGUAAUUUGAUUUUGUUCUGAUCGGAUUUGUGCAAGAAUUGUUUAAUGGGGUUAUUUAUGUGCUUUGAUUAUGCAGUGUUCCGCAAAUCAUUGACAUGAUUGUUAAAUCAUUUGACCAAGUCAAGCAGUUGGUUCUUUUGAAUUACUGAUUUGGUAAUAUGAUCAACUGAUCAAUGAUUGAUCAUUAUGCAAAUUUGAGCUGUUCAGUUGUCAUCAUAAAUCUUAGAUCUUACUUGAUCAAAUUCCUUAAAUCAAACCAAAUAUAUUGAUUGAAAUUCUAUGUAACCCUGCAACCUACAGUCUUUGUAUUCAUAUUGGUUAUUUUUAGUUGCAUGGGCCCUCGCAUGCACUCAGAGGCAGCUGUUCAUUUUAUGUCGUUCAGUGUUAAAUGAAGUUUUAUUCCUUCAAAGUUUGAAACACUUGGGCCAAGGUUAUUUGUUUCUUAGCACGCACUUGUAAUUUGCCAUUUCAUUUCAUUGUAUCAGGACUUAUUCUAGAAGAAAAAAACAGCUAAUGGGUAAUAUUUUCAAGAGAGAAAGGUGUGCGAUGUUUAAAUAUGGCAGGGUUUGGGUGAUAAUGCAAUAGAAAGUCAGUAUGAUUCCAAAUCAAAUCAUUAAAAGUAGUUCCAUUUCUGGUCAUGGCAAGUCAUUCAUAUUGGCAUAUUGAAAACCCUUCAACUUCAGUUCGUCAGAAUUUGCGGGGGUUGACAUUAAUGGGGGCUACAUUAAUGGCCAUCAGAUGAAGACACAAAAUGCAUUACUGUUUGUGUUACUUGAGAAAAAUCUCUGUUGUUACUUAUGACUGGAAAAAAAUACUUCAAUUUAUGUACGAGAAUAAUUUGAAAUUUGACUGAAGCAAUCACUUAGGAGAAAAUUACGGGCCACAUUGUUUCUCAUUCAGUGUAGAUCCCGGUUAAUGUUGUAGUCAAUCAGGCAUUAGAUGCAAGUACAAGAGGCUUUCAUUCGUGGGAUUUCUCAAACUCAUUUUUAUGUUGAACAAAGGUACCCCAAAAAUAAAUUGAAGAUGGGUAGAGAUUAGUUGGAGAACAAACUGGAGGUCAACAGUUGGAGGGAAAGAGUUGAAUCAAAAUAUGCCAUUCUGCAUUCGCACAAACUUUGAAAUCGAAUGCAAAAUGCAAUAAGAAAAAAUUGGAUGAAAUUGAAUAAAUAAAGAAAAGAAAAUAAUCA